UUCAAUUGAAUUCAAACAAGCAAACUAAACACAUCGCUAAGCAAAAGCUAAGCAAAACAAGCGCAGCUGAAAAGCUAAACAUUCUGAAACAAACUGCAAGAUAAAGUGAAUUAAGUAAAAUAACUGCUAUUUAUUAAGAAGUUAUUACUGAAGAAAAGAAUAAUAAGUUGAAUACAUCUGAGUAUCCAUUACCAAGUAAGAAACAAACUCACAAAAUGCCAGCUAUUGGAAUCGAUCUGGGCACUACGUUCUCAUGCGUGGGUGUCUACCAACACGGCAAGGUGGAGAUCAUCGCCAACGAUCAGGGCAACCGCACCACCCCGUCCUAUGUGGCCUUCACAGACUCGGAACGCCUCAUCGGCGAUCCCGCCAAGAACCAGGUGGCCAUGAAUCCCAGGAACACGGUGUUCGACGCCAAGCGCCUCAUCGGGCGCAAGUAUGAUGACCCCAAAAUCGCGGAGGACAUGAAACAUUGGCCCUUCAAGGUGGUGAGUGACGGCGGAAAGCCCAAGAUCGGAGUGGAGUUUAAGGGCGAGGCCAAGAGAUUCGCUCCCGAGGAGAUCAGCUCGAUGGUGCUGGCCAAGAUGAAGGAGACGGCAGAGGCGUAUCUGGGCGAAAGCAUCACGGACGCUGUCAUCACGGUGCCCGCCUACUUCAACGACUCCCAGCGGCAGGCCACCAAAGACGCUGGUCACAUCGCCGGCCUGAAUGUGCUCCGUAUCAUCAACGAGCCCACAGCGGCGGCACUGGCCUACGGACUGGACAAGAAUCUCAAGGGAGAGCGCAAUGUGCUAAUUUUUGAUCUGGGAGGCGGAACUUUCGACGUCUCUAUCCUUACCAUCGACGAGGGAUCGCUGUUCGAGGUGCGCUCCACCGCUGGAGAUACUCAUCUUGGUGGCGAGGACUUCGACAACCGGCUGGUCACCCAUCUGGCAGAGGAGUUCAAGCGCAAAUACAAGAAGGAUCUUCGCUCCAACCCUCGCGCCCUUCGACGACUCAGGACGGCUGCCGAGCGAGCUAAGCGAACGCUCUCCUCCAGCACGGAGGCCACCAUCGAGAUCGACGCGUUGUUUGAAGGCCACGAUUUCUACACCAAGGUGAGCCGUGCCAGAUUCGAAGAGUUGUGCGCGGACCUCUUCCGCAACACCCUGCAGCCCGUGGAGAAGGCCUUAACCGACGCUAAGAUGGACAAGGGCCAGAUCCACGACAUUGUGCUCGUUGGCGGAUCGACGCGCAUCCCCAAGGUGCAGAGCCUGCUGCAGCAGUUCUUCCACGGUAAGAACUUGAACCUUUCCAUCAACCCGGACGAGGCAGUGGCCUACGGAGCCGCAGUACAGGCCGCCAUCCUCAGCGGAGAUCAAAGUGGAAAGAUCCAGGACGUUCUACUGGUGGACGUGGCCCCACUGUCACUGGGAAUUGAGACCGCUGGUGGAGUGAUGACCAAGUUGAUAGAGCGUAACUGCCGCAUUCCGUGCAAGCAGACCAAGACGUUCUCCACGUACUCUGACAACCAGCCAGGAGUAUCGAUCCAGGUAUAUGAGGGCGAGCGUGCGAUGACCAAGGACAACAAUGCGCUGGGCACCUUCGAUCUGUCCGGCAUUCCACCAGCUCCAAGGGGUGUGCCCCAAAUAGAGGUCACCUUUGACAUGGAUGCCAAUGGAAUUCUAAACGUCACCGCUAAGGAGAUGAGCACGGGCAAGGCCAAGAACAUCACGAUUAAGAACGACAAGGGACGCCUCUCGCAGGCCGAGAUUGACCGCAUGGUGAACGAGGCUGAGAAGUACGCCGAUGAAGAUGAAAAACAGCGUCAGCGCAUAACUUCUCGAAAUGCCUUGGAGAGCUACGUCUUCAAUGUGAAGCAGGCCGUGGAGCAAGCACCCGCUGGCAAACUGGAAGAGGCUGACAAGAGCUCUGUCCUGGAGAAAUGCAAUGAGAUUAUUCAAUGGCUGGACAGCAAUACCACCGCCGAGAAGGAGGAGUUCGACCACAAGCUAGAAGAGCUCACCCGCCACUGCUCCCCUAUCAUGACAAAGAUGCAUCAGCAGGCAGCGGGAGCGGGAUCCGCUGGCGGUCCAGGCGCCAACUGUGGACAGCAGGCCGGAGGUUUCGGUGGCUAUUCUGGACCCACGGUGGAGGAGGUGGACUAAAGCCAAAGUUCCUAGUUUUUAUUCAUCAAUGGGUUAAUUCAUAGUUUCGCUUAAGUUUUUGAGACUGACAAGAAUGUUUUGAUCGAAUAUUCUUUUAGACGAUAUUAAUAGUAUUACAAUUUACCAGUCUUAAGUUAGCAACAAAUUGUUAUUAGCAAUAUGAAAAAUAAAUUAUUUAUUUUGAAAUUUAAAACAGAA